CGCCCGGCCGCGCUCCCCCCUCACCCACGGAGAGGAGCGGAGGCGCGCGGCGCGAGGAAAAUAGUGCGCAGCGGAGUGAUCCGAACGCGGGGGCGGGGCGCCGGGAGCCAUAUAAGCACCUAGCGGAGGGAUGCGUGGCGCAGUUGGCCCUGGGUGAGGUUUGUGGUUUCGGCUUGGCCGAGCGGCGCCGCGGCAAAAAUGCAGAUCUUUGUCAAGACCCUGACUGGCAAGACCAUCACCCUUGAGGUCGAGCCCAGUGACACCAUUGAAAAUGUCAAGGCCAAGAUCCAGGACAAGGAAGGCAUCCCUCCUGACCAGCAGAGGCUGAUCUUUGCAGGGAAGCAGCUGGAGGAUGGCCGUACCCUCUCUGACUACAACAUCCAGAAGGAAUCCACACUGCAUCUCGUGCUGCGCCUGCGGGGUGGCAUGCAGAUCUUUGUCAAGACCCUGACUGGCAAGACCAUCACCCUUGAGGUCGAGCCCAGUGACACCAUUGAGAAUGUCAAGGCCAAGAUCCAAGACAAGGAAGGCAUCCCUCCUGACCAGCAGAGGCUGAUCUUUGCUGGCAAGCAGCUGGAAGAUGGCCGCACCCUCUCUGACUACAACAUCCAGAAGGAAUCCACACUGCAUCUCGUGCUGCGCCUGCGGGGUGGUAACUGAACCAGCAGGUUGUUGCUUCAAAUAAAAGGUUCCCUGCACUUGUUCAUUCCAAUAAAGCUGUUGCAUCUGUAAAA